GGCAGGCUGGGCAAGAGAACCACUGAAUAGUCUGAAUUCCACCACCACCACCACCUCCUCGACGUCGGACUCCGAGAAAUCCAUCGCGUUUAAUGCUAUUCUCGGAAGCUUGGAAUAUCCGUUUUCUUCCGCCUAUCAUUUUCCUUUCCGUAGAUUUCCUCCUCCUUAAUCUACCUCCUUGAUUAUUCCUCAUAAAUUAUGUGAAGCUCUUGCCCCCGACGAUAUUUUGACCCGAUUUGUUCUCUUUCAAGUUUUGACAUCGCCGAUGAAGUUCUCUUCAGUGCUUCUUCUGAUUUGUUUUUUAGCAUCGGUUUUCAUUUUUUCUGGGUUCGCUGCCGAUUCUUUGGACGCGUACAAAAGCAUAACUGGGAGAAAAAAUUUGAAUGGGUUAAAUCCACCCCGGACCCCAGGCAAACGGUCUCUAUUGUCUGAUUCCAAGGAAGCUGAUACUGCACUAGUCGCUGCUCUGGAUGGGACAAUUUUUCUGUUGGAGCUUGAUUCUAUGAAACCACUCUGGUCAUUUGAAUCAGGAUCUGAAAUUUAUUCAUCAUAUCAGGCUCCAGUGGAUGAGGAUAAAGAAAAUACAUCUGGAUUAGGAAGCGAUUACUACAUUGAUUUGGGGGAUGACUGGGAAUUAUAUGCUCAUAACAGGCUUGGAAAACUGAAACUCACAAAGACUCUUGAGGAGUACAUCAGUUCAACACCCCAGAUAGCUGAGGAUGGUGGUAUUGUACUUGGUUCCAAAAAAACCACCGCAUUUCUUGUUGAUGCCAAGACUGGAAGGCUAAUCUACACGUAUAGGACUCCUGAGUCUUCAUGCCCAAAGCAGAACAACAGUGAGAAUACCGUUAUUCAUAACAGCACUGUUGAAGGACUUGGACUUUCUCAAUCUACAGACCUUAAGGCCGAUGAGCUCCCCCUUUACAUCACUAGAACAGAUUAUGCAUUGACAUCUUUUGCUCCAAACUCAAACAAAGUUCUGUGGAAUAUGACAGUGGCUGAAAUCGGUGCUGCUUUUCUUUGUGAAGAAAUGGAGAGGUCAUUUGGCAGAGCUAUCCUGAAUUCAGGAUUUUCUGAACCCGGGUUUAACAUGCCAUUGCCAUGUCAAUCUAGGGCUCUUGUCUACCGCUUCCGCAAUCAUGACAUGUUGGAACCCUUCCUUAGACGUGGUGGGCUUCCUGAGGCUCAUUCUCGAGAAAUAAUGCUCCCAACAUCAAUACCAAAACCUAUGCUACCUUCACAACCAAAUGUUGACAAAGUUCUAGAGUUUCUUCCAUCACAACAAAAUGUUGGCAAAUCUUUAGAUUCUCACGACAUCAGUGGUGAAGAAUUUGUACUUUCUUUGCCUUCAGCGACAGAAGAUGGUGAGAUGCCGAAUGUGCAAGAACUAAAAAUUGCUCCUGGUGGUCGAUUAAGUGUGGUCUUCGAAAGGAUUGGUGCAAUUUCUUCAUUUCCUUUUGCUGUUACUGUUGGAAUUGUGAUUUAUCAUCUUGUUGCAAGAAAAUUCAUGUUGGUUGACAAUCCCAGCAACACAAGUUCAGGAACUGUACCCUCAAAGAGGAAGAAGAGUAGGAAAUCUGGAAAGAGUGGUAGCAGUGCAGAGAAAAAGGACAUAGACACUCAUCCUAAUGGAGAUAGUGCGAAUAUGCAUGAUGAUGAUGAUAAGAAUAUGUGGUUGAACCUCUCUCAACCAACUUUUAAUAUGGAGGGACGUAGAAUUGGCAAAUUAUUUGUGACCACUAAAGAGAUUGCAAAAGGGAGCAAUGGUACUGUUGUCCUUGAGGGCAUUUAUGAAGGUCGUCCAGUUGCUGUGAAACGCCUUGUCAGGGCUCAUCAUGAUAUUGCCUUUAAAGAGAUCCAGAAUCUUAUUGCAUCAGAUAGGCAUCCAAACAUAGUGCGGUGGUACGGAGUGGAACAAGACCAAGAUUUUGUGUAUGUAGCACUGGAGCGUUGUAUUUGCAGCUUGGAUGAUCUUAUUCACUUGUUCUCAGACAUUUCCGAAAAUCUUGCUUUUAGCAAGAACUUGGAUGUCGAGGAUAUGGCUAAGUACAGAAUCCAUUUGGACUCUGUGAAGGUUUUUAUACAGGAUCCCAAGUUGUGGAAGUCAAAUGGCUACCCUUCUCCUAUUUUGCUAAAAUUAUUGAGGGAUGUGGUUUCUGGACUUGUACAUCUACAUGAAUUAGGAAUCAUUCAUAGAGAUCUGAAGCCCCAAAAUGUUUUGAUAAUCAAGGAUAGAUCUUUAUGCGCAAAGCUCUCAGAUAUGGGUAUUAGCAAACGUCUCACUGGGGAUAUGGCUUCCUUGGGUCAGCAUGCUACAGGUUGUGGAAGUUCAGGAUGGCAAGCACCCGAACAACUUCUUCUUGGACGUCAAACAAGAGCAGUUGAUUUAUUUAGUCUAGGUUGUGUUCUAUUUUUCUGCAUCACUGGUGGUAGACAUCCAUUUGGAAAUCGUCUUGAACGUGAUGUCAACAUCACAAAGAACCAAGUUGACCUAUUCUUGGUCGAACAUAUUCCUGAAGCAAUGGAUUUAUUCUCCCAUCUGUUAAAUCCUAACGCAGAAAUGAGACCAAAAGCAGUAGAGGUUCUAGCACAUCCAUUGUUUUGGAGUGCUGACCUGCGAUUGUCAUUUCUUCGUGAUACAAGUGAUAGGGUAGAACUGGAAGAUAGGGAAACCGAUUCUGAGCUAUUAAAAGCAAUAGAAGCUACUGCACCAAUAGCUCUGGGUGGAAAAUGGGAUGAAAAAUUGGAACCUGCAUUCUUAUAUAAUAUUGGCUGCUACAGGCGGUAUAAGUAUGACAGUGUUCGUGACUUAUUGCGGGUCAUGCGUAACAAGUUGAAUCAUUAUAGAGAGCUCCCCAUGGAAAUUCAGGAGAUUUUGGGGUCAGUACCAGAAGGUUAUGACGAGUAUUUUGCUAGUCGAUUUCCUAAACUAUUGAUUGAAGUAUACAGAGUGAUGAGCAUGUAUUGCAAAGAAGAAGAAUGUUUUAUCAAGUACUUCAAAUGCAGUGUGCAGUAAUUUGUGACAGACAAUAACCCAGUUAUGGUCUAGUUUUUUAACACUCUGCUGUAAUAUGAUGCGUGUAAAUAUGAUUAAACGAAAUUUAUACACGAUAACUAUGUAAAUAUUACUACCAGGUUAUAUAAUUAAUGAU